CGGGGACGGCUUCAAAUACGGCUGGGAGCCAUCUUGAAUCCUUGUUUGACAAGACUCUUUCGUAGUCGGCUAGAAAAAUCGAGUGCACUCUACAAAAACCGCAAACGGAACCGCUUUAUUUCUGUUAUCCAAGGAUUGGACAGACUUGAAAGGACAGAGGUCGAGGUUUAGCUAACGGGAUGGCUAACUGAGCAGUUGGCCGACGUUUGAAAGCUAACUACGCCUUUCCUGGUGUGCCGAAUUCCUGAUAAAGUUAACCCCAUGCUAAGCCCUUAUUUAAUUUUCAUGCUCGGACUUCUUGGUAAAUUCGAAAGGAGGAGUUCAUUUCUUGGCACACGAUGCCCCAUUAGUUUUUGAUGAGAAAUAAAAGUAAAUUGAUUUAUUGAAGAAAAAAAAAAGCCAAGGGCAAUCCUGAGUUUGAGGAGUCCCAGCAGAGUGGACUCACUUUGUUUAGAGACUGUUAAGAAAAAAUAUUGUUAUUGCACUUAAAAAAAGAAAAGAAAAGAAGUUGAGAUGAGCACCACCAGGACAGAGAACCCAGUGAUUUUGGGCUUGUCCAACCAGAACGGACAGCUGAGGGGCUCGGUGAAACCCACCGGCGCUCCAGGUGGAGGCGGAGGAGGUCUUCAACAGCCCCAGUUGAACCAGAUGUUAAAAGGCACAAUCAAUGGCAAUUCCCAGCCUGCCCCGCCAACAAAUGCUGUCAUCAAGCCUGGAGAUGACUGGAAGAAGAAUUUGAAAUUGCCCCCAAAGGACAUGAGGAUCAAAACUUCGGAUGUGACUGCAACGAAAGGCAAUGAGUUUGAAGAUUAUUGCCUAAAGAGGGAGCUACUUAUGGGAAUCUUUGAGAUGGGCUGGGAGAAGCCAUCUCCAAUUCAGGAGGAAAGCAUUCCCAUUGCACUGUCAGGAAGGGAUAUUUUAGCCAGAGCCAAGAACGGCACAGGAAAGAGUGGAGCCUACCUCAUUCCCCUCCUUGAACGCAUUGACCUGAAGAAAGAUUGUUUACAAGCUUUAGUCAUAGUGCCCACCAGAGAACUGGCACUGCAAGUGAGCCAAAUAUGUAUCCAGGUCAGUAAACAUAUGGGUGGAGUGAAGGUGAUGGCGACCACAGGUGGCACCAACCUCCGUGAUGACAUCAUGAGGCUCGACGAAACAGUACAUGUGGUUAUUGCUACUCCUGGGAGGAUUUUAGACCUGAUCAAAAAAGGAGUGGCCAAAGUCAACCAAGUACAGAUGGUUGUUUUGGAUGAAGCUGACAAGCUCCUGUCUCAGGACUUUGUGGUCAUGAUGGAGGAGAUGCUGGGCUUCCUGCCCAAACAGAGGCAGAUUUUACUCUACUCUGCCACCUUUCCUCUCAGUGUGCAGAAGUUUAUGAAUGCACACUUGCAGAAACCUUAUGAGAUCAACCUAAUGGAGGAGCUUACACUGAAGGGGGUCACUCAGUAUUAUGCUUAUGUAACAGAAAGGCAAAAAGUCCAUUGCCUCAACACCUUAUUCUCCAGGCUCCAGAUCAACCAGUCAAUAAUCUUCUGUAACUCCUCUCAGAGAGUGGAGCUUCUUGCCAAGAAGAUUUCCCAGCUUGGUUACUCUUGUUUCUACAUCCAUGCCAAGAUGAGACAGGAACAUCGCAACCGUGUUUUCCACGACUUUAGAAACGGGUUGUGCCGGAACCUGGUCUGCACCGACCUCUUCACUAGAGGCAUUGACAUUCAAGCUGUGAAUGUGGUGAUCAACUUUGAUUUCCCCAAGCUGGGAGAGACGUACCUCCAUCGCAUUGGUAGAUCUGGACGCUUCGGCCACCUCGGUUUGGCCAUCAACCUCAUCACGUACGACGACCGCUUCAACCUCAAAGCGAUCGAGGAGCAGCUCGGCACGGAGAUCAAGCCCAUCCCCGGCAUCAUCGACAAGAGCUUGUAUGUGGCGGAGUACCACAGCGAGAGUGGCGAAGAAGUCAAGCAGUGAGCCUAUCGGCCCAUUCUUCGCCCCCCCUCCCCCUCACAUCCCGCCUCACCCCCCCUCCCCCACUCGUCUUGGAUUUUCUUCCUCCGAUUCGUUGUCGUGUACAGUUUUUCUUUGGGACGCCGGCAGCAGGAGCGCGUUUUGAGACGGACGCUUUGGAAGAACUCAUCGGCCUUUAAAGGCUCGGCUGCACCGCAGCACGCUGAAGACGUGAGCAACGAGAGGAAAGCGCGGGACCAAACCGAGUCAUAUCCACGGCAAAACACAAAGCCAGCCCCGACGGACCCCGGAAGGACCCCCCCCAGCACCCCCCCCCCUUCCAUUCUGCACGCUUCGGUUUCCAACUUUGAACCAAUUUGUAACAAGUGCCUUAACAAGCAGUCCGAGACGUUCUGAAGUAAUAACCCGUCAUCAUCCUCCACUUCACGCCACGCUCACGUUCCCCUAAUUGAGAAUUUCAGUCUGCCUGAGCAGAGGGGUGAAUUCAUUACUGGUUUUGGUUGGUUGGCUCAUCCAAUGGGGGGGGGGGGGGGGGAGAUGGUCUCGUUUAACUUUUAGCGCUGGCUGAGUGGAGUUUGAGUCUGGCUGAUUAAACCUGGAUUCUCAGUGAGCAGAGACUGGAUUUUUUUUAUUUUUUUUUGUUUGUUUUGUUUUCUUCCUCCAAGAGAGAGAGAGCCAGACUGUUUGGUUGCUCGGGACGAAGCUCCUGUUUCUCAGAGACCCUGACCCUUUCCUCCGUCUUCAGCUCCAGAACACUAAAAAGUCAAGAAGCAGCCCGAAAACAGCGAGUCGUGAGGAUUCCUGCUUCAGCGCCGUCUCUCUGCAAAAGAGCGUCUUUCCUGUUUUUCUUUGUUGUCCUGUCCCCCCCCCCCCCCUACCCACCCACCCCACCUAUGGACGGCCACACCGUACGACACGAAGCCACCACGUGGGGGUUCAGCGUUCACCUUCUGUACAUACUUUUCUUUUUAAAGUAGUUUUAAAGCGGCUGGCAGAGCGGACCGCUGCCCGGCCCCCCCCGUUAGCACUGGAGAUCCGCCCCUCAGCUGCCACGUUCCGCCCCGCAGCAUCGGCCCGGGAGUUUAUUUAUAAUUUUAAACGAUGCAGAAACAUUUCCAUGUUUUCAUGAAAUGUUUUUUGGGUAAAUCGGUAAAAAAAAAAGAAAGAAGUUUUGUUUUAGUGCUCUAAAAAUUUUUGACGGUGCAAUUCUUAAAAGGUGCACUUAGUGUUUAAACGUGGCCCCUCGUCCUCUCCUGCUACCAGUGUUAACAAGCACAGUCUCGACAGAUGGCUUCCCCUACACUUUUGUAUUUGGAUUGAUUUUUGUUUUUUUGUUUUUUGUCGCCAGCCCUGGUUCAGGAAGCCGAUUCUAAGACUGAUUUAUCAUAACGAGCGCUGGUGUUUAAAGAGGAACGACCUGUCGCAUAGUAGUGCUUCUUGCUGCAGUGCAGCUUAAUUGGCUGUAGAUUUGUUUUCUGAAGGGAAGCUGUUAGCUGUUACGUUGAUUUAUGCCUCGUUUGAGCUUGGCUACGUAAAUUCCUGUUGGGCAGAAGCUGUAUAGUCCCACCACCACUUUGUUUUAUUUUAUAAUUAUUAUUAUUUUUUUGCUUAAUGUUAGCCAAAUGCAUCAAAAUGAAGCGUCUGACUUUAAAUGUAGCAGGAAUCGAAUCAAAAGGGCCGCGGCAGGUUGAGUUGCACUUAACGCACACGGGGCCGGUUUUCCGACCGCCCGCCCCGACUUGGACUGCUUCAUUUCCGCCUGUGAUGACGAGAAAUGUGUCGCGGUGCUGAACUGCUGAUUAUUCGGCCUGGGAAGAAGAAAAGAAAAAAAAAGAAGUUGGACUGCUUGACGUAAGACGUCCCGGGCCGCCGUUCUCUGCCCGUCGUUGCUUUAUGUUCUGGGGUUUUGGGUUCAGUUCGACGUUAAAAAAAACUUUUCGUUGCUUUAAGGCUCGCUGAACUUUGUGUUCAGCGAGCCUUUUUGCAGAACGAGGUUCCCCUUAUUUCCGACGAGAUGCUCUCCUCCGCUCCAAUCGGUGAGAAUCAACCAAAAGCCCGAUUUUUGGCACCCGCCACGGUUCUCACCGGUUUGAGCGCUGAUCCCUGUUCCCGCGGCUCUGUCGUCCCAGAAAUCGCCGCGCUGCGAUUGAGUUGUUGCUUUAUUUGGCCCAUUUUGGGGGGGUGGGAGGGAUCUCUUUUUAUUAAAAAAAUACUUACAAAAACUAAAAAUCCAAAGCAACCCAAGCAUUCCCGAGCGAACAGGGAUCGCGUUGUUCAGACAAUCGGCAGCGGUCUGCUUCCUGGCGGCCUCCCGGCGCUAGUCGCCUCAGCCUGAGUCCACCUGGUUGGCUGUGGGAGGCCGUCAGGUAAUCCCUAAAGGCUGAGACAAGAGCAUCUCACCCUGCAUUUGGUGACUAAUUGAAUAAACGUAAAACAAAUUGUCUCCGUCUUUAAGGUCUUUUCAAAAAAUAAAUGUUGGGAGGGUAAUCUGGCGCCUUAGCUGCCCUGAUGCAUUUGUUCCUCGUCUCAGGAAGCCGACACGACAACACGGCUUCUGUGUAAAACGCAGACGAGAGAACGCGAGUCCUUCUGAGGAUUUCCUUCACAGCAAAUGCAUCAGUUAAAAACUGUGGGAGGGACAAGUGGGCACUAGAGAGAAAUCCAAAGUUUGGGUAACGGGUAUACCAGUAUUUGAAGUGAGUUGCCCCUUUAAUUUGUUUUCUAACGGAGCGAUCAAAUGAAGUACACCUUAACUUCGUCUCCAAAUCAAAGUAAAUUUAAAGCCUGGAUUCAUUUUUUUUUCCCUUUUUUUUUUAAAAAUAAAAAAUUGUAAUUGGCAGUUUUCAGUGAAGCAAAUUUUACAUGUUCAGGAGUCAUAGAUAUUAUUGGAUUUGGAAUUUUGUUUGGAAAAAUAAAGCUCACUGAAAUUUA